AUGGAUAUGAUUACGAAUCUCUACCGACGGGCCUGCGACGAGUCCGACCCUAAUUCCGCAGCAUGCGCCAAACCCACCAGCCAGAUUCUUCUCAAUGCUGUCCCAGCGGCCAUCGUCGGAGCUAUGCUCGUUAUUGCCGGGAUCGUCUUCUUCUUCAUCGCCAGAAAACGACGCAGACAGUUCGUGGCCGAAGCAGCAAAAGAACGUGAGUCUUUUGAAAUUGAAAUCUAUGAGCCUACCGCAAACAAUCGCAACCGCAACCACAACCCCGCCGCCUAUGCCGACCCCUUCAAUGAUCCGCAUGGAUUGAGUCGCGACCCCGAUUACAACGAGUUUUCUUUGGCACCACCCCAAUCCCGACGAGACCAUUCCCCUUCCAGAUCCUCCGUCGCGACCGAGUCAACAUAUGCACCCCACCCAGAUAUGUCGGCGCCGCCACCAGCAUACCAUGAGGGCAGUGUUGGCGCUUCAGUGAGGAGACCAAGCGAUAACAAACCUUUCCUCACCUACUGCGAACUCAUGAAGACCGAAAUGCGAGUGGCAGAACCGUACUGGCUGCAGAGGCAGAUGUCAAGACACAUCGAACAGUCAGACAGCGACGAGAACAACAGCAGUGGAACAACGACAAGCAGCGACUCCAAACGUCCUCCUAUACCGCGUUUAUCCCCCAAAUCACGCUCGUUGUCUGAUGCUGCCAAACACGGGGCUUUGCAGCCAUCAGCAUUACGGGACUUUCCACCUUCUUCCAAAGAUGACAUAGGACUUACACACACCACCACCAAUAAAACAAACAGUCCGUCAACACCACAAAAGACAUCACAGCCACGUCUGUCGACUCUGAAUGGCCUUUCUCUUCAACUUCCGCCACAGUCUACUCCAUCCUUCUCUACACCUUCUGCGAACCGAAUACCUCUCUCUCCAAAACUUGAUGCUGCGCCAAUUUAUGGCUCSCCAGCAUCAGCGAUUCCUCGCCGCUCACGAGGUCUAGACUUCGCCCGUGCCUGUACGAAUCUACAUCAUUCUACUCUCGCUGAAUCGUCACCCGAUUCAUCACCCAACGUGGGUGGCCGUGGUGUCAAUAUCCCUCAACGACGAGGGGGUACUUCAUCCGCAUUCGGCUCACCUGGCACAAGCCUUACCCAGCCAUCAGGUAUUGGGUCAGCAAAUCAAACAACAAUGUCCAGCUCACUCUCUAGCGUGAACAUGCUCGAAUCUGAUACCAGUAGCAGCGAAGAAGACGAUGACGAGCCAAUGAACGGUGACCGUGAUGAGAUGAUGAUAACUACUACACCGCAAGCGAGCAAAAUGCACAAUGGGUUUUUGUCCAAUCCUUUUGGAGGCGCAGUCCCAAGUCCAGGAAAUGACUGGAUGGGUACUUAUUCUUCCGCAGCUACCAGUCUGGCCAGUUUCCAACGGGCACGGUUUCGCAAGUCACGAAACAGUCGUCAUAGUUCCAGCAGUGCUAGCGGGAAUAGCAACAAGCCUAGCCCGGGACCAUUAUCUCCGCCAGUAUUAAAAAGUAUUGAGGUAUCGAAUGGAGGGUAUUUUGCGCGUGAAAUGUCCAAAAGUGCUUUGCAGUCACGUCGGGAAAGCCUGAGUCUUGGUACUGGAGAUCUCCAGCUGUCCGAUUUGAGCGACGAUGGCGAAGCUCGUGCAUUCCGAGCAGACAGCCCUGGGGCAAAUGCAGAAACUGGUCCACGGGGAGUGGUUCGUCGUGCUGUUACUCGACGAGGAAAUCUACUUCCCAAAACUAAGACCUUCGCUCGUAUUCGUGCGGCUUUGAUGGAAGAGAGCGCACCUCUUGAUACGGAAGCAAAGAAAGAAGCGGAAGUCAUCCGUCAAGUUCGUGAAAGCGAUCCAAGCGAGACAAAAGCACCUAGCUUUCCACUAGAGCAACUGGAAGAACUCACUUCUACCACCUCAGUAUCUGAAAAUCCAAGCAGGAGUGUCCCCGAAACUGCCUUUUCCAAUCAAGCCUCAUUGAAUUCAGGAGGCACUAAAUUCUGGGAGACAUUCGAUGGCCGGUACCGCACCCCACCACCUCCAGGUCGCUUAUCAACGCAGUCUUCCGUCAUGAGUGAAGACACAAACAUGGACACACCAGUAUCAAAUAUCGGACGAGAAGGCCGCUGGCGAUCACCAACACCGCAAGCAGUCACAUCGGCAUUAGCAACUGAAAUCCGUCGCAAACGUCGUCGCGACGAUGGUUUUGAUGCUGAAUCAUUCAAGCGCCGAGCCGUGUCACCUGGUAUGAGUGUUCAGAGUAGCCCUGUCCUGCAAUCAACCGCCAAAGACAGUAACGGCCUCAACGGAUCAUGGAUCAUCCCUUCCAAAGCCGCAUCAGCGUUGUUGACGGAGCAAACACACAGCUCUUCAAGCAACUCAACGCCGACUGGAAUCAAGCGAAUUGGUCUGCAGGGCAUAAACGAGACGCAUGAUGGAUUGAUGAAUAUGAGUAUUGAGUAA